CUCAACACCAUCUUAUCCCUUCUGCCGUCCUCGUUCAUCCCCUCAUCUCGACACCGCUUGAAGUGCCGGGCUCCUCUACUUGCUGCCAAUUUGCUUUGCUGUUGCUGACGCUGCGCGCUGGACGAGCCGACCCCUGCGGUGCCUUUGCUCCCGUCUCCAGCCUGGAACCUUCCGUCCCACCCACCACUUAUCCCGUUCUCCUCUGUAUGCACUUCGGAGAUCGUUGGUGUGGGACGAAACCUUCACUUCAACCGCCCGCGGCAGCAAAAAGAGAUUGUUCACACGCACGUUCCCAGAGCCGUCUGUUCAUCAUUGUGCUGCUGGCAGCCCACAUGCCAUGCACCACUCCGUUGCUAGACUAUUGGACUGUCGGUGGCCGUGUUGUCCACAGAUUAUCACUUUUUUGGAUCACCACGCAUUUUCAAGAAAUCCUCGAUCAAAGAUCUAUCCCCUCAGAUGUAUCUGAUAUCUUUUCCUCCGUCCGACACUCUGUGCUCUCGGCGCUGGGUUCACCGACCGCCGGCGCGAAUCGCCAUGAAAUCAUCCUGCCUGCCUAUGCCGAGUCCGAGAACGACUGCCCGUCUAUUCUAGUCCUGCCGCCCAGCAGCUAGUACUUUGGACAUUCAAUGGCCUGGCAGCUCUGAGGUUGUCUGCCGCGACAACCAGUAGAGGCACAAUCGUGGUACCUCAUGCCGGGUUGC